CGCCACUGCGAGUGACGCGAUUGCGGUCAUCAAAUCAAGCAACAGCCAAAACCACCAACCUGAACACAACCUGCCUGCUGCUCGCUCUCGUGCUUGCAUGGCCCCACAUGGGUUGGUUGUCACGCACGCGCGUUGUUCUUCUUCUUGUUCUUGUUGAGUCGGGUUGCAAGUCUGCCGCCAGCUCACUACUUAUUAGCAAACUAGCUCGUCGCAAGCAAGUAGCUUGAGAGUUGUCAAGUGUUUGUGGAGUGGUGUGCUAGUCGACACACAGCCUAGCAAGCUAGCUUGGCCUCAGUUAUUGUUUGUUCGUCUUGCACCAUCAUCAACGCCACCCUUCCUCCCUGCAAACUGCCCAAGUAUUUAUCCCCCCCCCUUGUCUCCUCCAUCCACCCGCCUACAACGCUUGCACCACAACCGCACCGAGCCUUUGUCGGUGGAGAACACCUGUCGUUCCUAGCGCAUUUGUCUCGGUUGUUGCGCUUGUCCCUGCUUGUUUGCGCGCCUCGUGUCUUCUUUGUCCGGCCUGUCAACUCGCAAACACGAGCAGCUGCGUCAACCACGCAAACGCACGCAACCAGCAACCUUGUCGUGACGCUGUGGCGACACAGGUGAUCGCGUGCGACCCGCCAUGGCACCACAAUUCCGUGUGCGCAUAGCGUGGCUGAUAGCCUUCAUUAUCCUCAGUGAUGGGCUGCAAUGUCUCGCGUCCUGCGCCGAUCCACAAGUGGAAGCGGUGCACAACAGUGACGGCAUGUUCGUCCUCAUGGAUCCGUGCAUCGCCUACGCGCAGCCUUUGGACAGAACCGACUUUCGCGCAGCCUUAGCACAGAUAACCACGACGCCAACAGUAGCGCUGUACAAGCAGGAUGUCAACGCCACCUUCUCCAGUGUGACUGCUCUCUAUGAAAGCCCACAGCCCAUCAACGAAACCAUUCCAGUGUGCACGCGUGCACACGUAAGCGGGUGUCUUGUGCGCGGGGUUGCAUACGAGCUCAUGCUCAGCAACUUGACCGUCGUCGCAGCUUACACCGUCCCGGACGUCGCCUUCCCGCUCAACCUCUCCGUGGUUGAGACUGCGGCAACGCACGCCACUUUCCACCUUCCCGUCAAACAGCUUCCGUCCCAAUUCACAAAAGCACAGAUCCGCGUGUGUUCUGCCCAGCACGGCUCUGUCGAGUCCGCCCCCGACUGCGAAGGCGACGUGGCAAGCGUGAUGAACAGUGGGGUUGGGUGCAUUGACGUUGAGCACAACGUGACCACGUCGACCACCGUCACCAUCGCCGGGCUCAGGCCGUGGACAACCUUCUGUGCGUCGGUGCUGUAUGUGAGCGCCAACUACGACGUGCACCACUGCAUGACGUUCACGACAAAGCAGGCUGCGUUCACAUUUCCGCCCAAGGAGGUUAUCCGCCUGCAACGCGACACGCACCUCAUCCUCCGCCUCAAGGCCCAUCCGCAGGACGUGCCGUGGCCGAGCUUGGUACAGACCUUCCGCGUGUCUGUUGUGUCGGAGUAUGGCGAUCAAAUCCUUGACAACGAGCGCUUCAACGUGUACGAGAAGCUUGGCUCUGACACAACCGGUGUGGAGCAGUUUGCCAUCGAGCCCACCAGCGCGGAGAUUGUAUUCACUGUGCGCACUGCGUCGCUGAUGCCGUACACGUGCUACUCCAUCACGGUUGCGUUUGACUCUGGCGAGUACGGCACCAGCCCCCCUGCGCGCAUCACGUGCCUGCGCACGCUGCCCGGGGCGCCGCUGCAACCGGACCCGCCCGUCAUUGACAUGCUGGACAGCAAUGGCAUGUUACACGUGUCGUGGACGCUGCCGUCUCGCACGCAGGCGCCCAUUGACGCGUUUGAGCUGGUGGCGAACGUGGACGAGGAAGCAGAGGUGCUUGGCGCCAUUGUGUCGCGCUCCAAGCCCGCAGACACCGCCGUGCUGGUGGCGGUAUCGCGCGUGGACGUGCUGCACAGCAACGCCACGUUCAACCUGCGGCUGCGCAUUGUCAAUUCGCAGGGCGUCAGUCCGCUCUCUGCACUCGCCCUCGACCCGAACCAAACGCACGCCAUCCUCGCAGCCCCAACCUCGGCGCCCUCCAGUGCAUCGUACACACCGGGCGCUGUCCUCGGCCCCGCUGCCGUUGUCCUUGUGUGCGCACUGCUGGGCAUUGCGCUGCUUACGUUUACGCAGCGGCGGCGCGAGCGAGAGAACGUGCUUGAGCUGCCAGUCCCAGACGAGUGGGAGCGUCCGCGACAGGAUGUCAUGAUUGGCGGCACGAUUGGCUACGACGGCUUUGGCGAGGAGUUUGACGGCACUCUCAAGCAGAAGGACGGGCCGAGCGUGGGCAUCACGGUGCGCAAGUGCAGCCUGCACAAGCGCCUGCGGGAGAAGCGGGAGUUUCUGCUUGAGGCGGAGCUGCUCAAGUCGCUGGCGCGCGACCGGCACCCGAACAUCAUCAACCUCGUCGGCUGCUGUCUGCAGGACGAGCCUCUCCUCAUCCUCGCAGAGCAGGCCUCCCUAGGGGAUCUCCGCAAGUACCUGCAUCAGUUUUCGCCGCUGCUGACCGAGAACACGCUGCCCUUGACGGACCGCCUGCGCAUGAUGCACAACAUUGCCGACGGCAUGGCCUACCUCCACUCGCACGGGAUCAUGCACAGGGACCUCGCUGCACGAAACUGCUAUGUGACGACGACCGGAACCGUCAAGCUCGCAGCAUUUGCCCGCCGCAAACACACCCCCAUUGGUGACGGUGACAGCAGCGAUCUCGCCACCCUGCCUGUCCGCUGGCUCGGCCCAGAGGCGUUUGUGCUUCCGUCGCACACGUUUGGAAUGGAUGUGUGGGCGUUUGGAGUGACGGCGUGGGAGAUUGAAACCUACGGCCGCCUGCCGUACACCACACUCACAAACGAACAGGUGUGCUCGUAUGUCGUGCGCGGGCAGCGCCUUGACCGGCCAGCCGAAUGCCCCUUCAUCAUCUACGAGAUGAUGCUGUGCUGCUGGUCAAGCAUGCGGCCGUCCUUCCAGAGCAUCUCAUCCUUCCUUGAAACCGUCUGCGCAAUUACUCCGACGGCCGAGGAACAGCGCUUCAUUCCAUUGGACUUUGUGGACGACUACACGGCGAGCCUUGUUCUUGAUGCGUUGCAGAGUCAGACGGUCGAGGAGCCACACGCCAGCCCUCCAUCAUCAGAGACAACGAUGCUCGAGCUUCCUCGACAGCGUGGUAUAUCAGUUGACACGGCGUCGCGGUCGCUGCUGAGCACGACGGGCGUGUCGCCCCAGCGCCUGGACACCCCGCAGAGCGGCCACCGCGUCCCGUACUCAGACCUUGAUCGCCCGCGCUCCCGUGAGCAGCACAUGCCGGGCCCGGCCCUCGGUGCUGGCCCACGCGCCAACGCAUCGUACCCGCUCAUGCAACGGCAACAAGAGCAGCACCAACAGCACCAACAGCACCAGCAACAACAGCAGCACCAGCAGCACCAGCGGCCGCUGAAUCCGACAUCGAGCUUGAGCAGUCAGGCGAGCACAGACUCACUGCUGCACAAGCAGCGACGACGGUCGCGGGCAAAGACGCUGGUGAGCCAGGACGGCGUGACAAUUGAGGUGCCGCAGCAGCCCAAGCAACGCCGGCGCAGUCGCAGCUUGCUGCCAUCCAGCCCCGCCGUCAUUCAGCAGCGCAUGAUGCUGCAGAGGCACCUGUUGCAGGGCCAGAGUCAGGGCCAGGGCCAGCCUGUUGGUGCAGCCGUGGUGCCUUCGCCACCGACAACGCCCGUGCACAGCAGGGGUGCACUCGCGACAGCAGCACCUGCGGCACCAUCGCAACUACAGCACACGUCAGCAACAGCACCAAUCGCACCAGCAACGGCAGCAUCGACCCCACUUGACGAGCACGAGCAUUUGUGUGCUGAUGGGAAUGCGGGCCAGCGUGCUGAGGGGCUGCCUGUGGGACCGGGAAUGGUAGAGGUUGAGUUGGACGCUGUGCUGACUCGUGGCAGUCGCUCUGGCAACACCGCAGCAACAACACCAUCACCAUCGCCAUCGCCGCGGCAUGACGGGACUGGCUACGAGCAACGUGGCAGUGCCAACAGUGCUGGCGGUGGUGGUGAUGCCGGUGAUGCUCGUGGUGUCAGGAACCGCAACGGUGCCGUGGGUGAUGGCUGUGAUGUUGGUGGUGAUGGUGGUGGUGGUGGUGAUGGUGGUGAUGUUGGCUCCCUUGCUGAUUCUGAUGGUGAGCCACUCCUUCGACCACCGCAGCGGCAGCCGUCCCCAGCCACCAAUCUCACUGGCAACAACGCAACUUGCAGCAAUGCUACUGGUACCAACGCUACUGGUAACAACGCUACUUGCAACGGCUCUCAACAGUCCCAGGCACAACAACAGCCGCAACAGCAACAGCCACAACAGCAAAAGUCACAGCCACACAAGUCGCUUGACUUCACACCGGCCUCCUCUGUUCUCUGAGUCAUGAUUGAUGCUUUUUGUGCGUAUAUGUGCGUAUAUGUGUGUAUGUAUGUAUGUGUGUGCUUCCUUGUGUCUGGUGCACUCUGUGUAUGUGCGCAGCUGCUGCACUGCUGCUGUUGUAUGCAGCCAGUGCAUCCAAAGAAAGAACAUCCACGAUGCCCACCAGCCAACCACAUCAAAUCAUCCAACCACGCCAACGUUGGUGUAUAUCGACAGUUGCAUGAACUAAUGCGCACUAGCCCUAUGGUGUCCUUCUGCAAUCGUAUAUUUUUCAUAUUAACAAAAUAUUUGGCUGUGUGUUUGUGUUUGUUUUGGCGCUACCAACCAACCAACGAAACAAGCAAGCAAGCAAGGCAAGGCAAGCAAGCGCGACGAAACCAAAAAAACGG